AUGGAUUCUGUUUCUAAAGAUAUGAUCAACGUUUUGCCGGACGCACUUCUUUGUCACAUCUUGUCAUUCCUCACUACAAAAGAAGCUGCUUCAACCUCACUUCUCUCGAGAAGAUGGCGUUAUCUACUUGCUUUUGUUCCAAACCUUGAAUUUGAUGACUCUGUCUAUCUGCAUCGCGAUAAAAGGGUAAAGAAUACUUUACAUGAGAAAGGUUUUGUUGGUUUCGUGCUUUUGGUUAACAAUAAAAGGAAGAAACUUUCGACAAGCUUUCCUGAUUUCGUAGAUAGGAUCCUUGCUUUGCAAGGCAAUUCUCCUCUAGACAAAUUCUCUCUAAAGAUGGUUGAUGGCCAUGAUCCUGUUGAUCCAGAUAGUGUCGUUCCUUGGAUACACAAGGUGUUGGUACGUGGUGUAUCGGAUCUCCAUCUGGUCGUAGACAUGAAUGAAUGGACAUCUGAUCCUCUUCCUUCAAGGAUCUUCUUGAGCGAGACAUUGGUUAAGCUAACUAUCAAAAUUAGAGAUGGCCCUUUCAUUGAUGUGAAACAUGUUCAUCUUCCAAAGCUUAAGACUCUAUACCUCCAGUCAGUUAUGUUUGAUGAGAACGAUAUUGGGUUUAGAAAGCUCCUUUCUGGUUGUCCCGUGCUCGAAGAACUUGUUCUCGAUGGUAUGGGGUCGUGUGUAUGGACAUCUUUCACUGUUUCUGUCGCGACUCUCAAGAGACUGACGUUUUGUUGCCAGAAAAUGAGUAGUUUUGGCUAUAUGCACGAUGAUGAAAAUCCAAAUAAUGUGUCUUUUGAUACUCCAAAUCUUGUCUACUUGGAAUAUGCUCAAGUCAUAGCUAACAAUUAUCCAAAAGUGAAUUUUGAUUUGCUUGUUGAAGCCAAGAUCGAUAUUUGGAUGACAGUGGAUCAGAUACGAGAGGUGAGACUUAGAAAAAAUGAGGUAAACUGUAUGGUCGGCAAUGCAACAGAUUUUAUAGUUGGACUCCGCAAUGUUCGGGUUCUCUACUUAUCUCCCGAAACUCUCGAGGUACUCACAUAUUGUUGCAAACAAAUACCGAUAUUCGAAAACUUGAGUCAUUUAACUAUCAAGAGUGACCCAAAUGUUGGAUGGAAACCAUUAACAAAGCUGCUUAAGAAUUCUCCAAAACUCGAAACUCUCGUCUUCCAAGGACUCCUUCACAGAGAUAACAAGGAGGACGUCGCUAUAUCAUCAAGUUCAGUGAAAGUGUUAAAAAUAUUCCUUAGUGGUGACAAAUUAAAAAAGCAAAUAGAGAAGGUCAAGCACUUUUUGAAAACAAUGCCUCGUCUUGAACAACUGGUUUUCUACUAUGAUGUGAAAGUGUUAUCGCAACUUCACAUGCUUAGUAGGUUAGCUUCACCAAAGUGCAAGAUCCACCUUAUCCCUAGUCGCGAAAGCGUAUGA